AUGCAGGCCGGGAAGAACAGUGACCAUGAAGGUUUUGACGAUGAGGAUGAUAACGAUGAGGAUGAUGACAAUGAGGAUGAUGACGAUGAGGAUGAUGACAAUGAGGAUGAUGACGAUGAGGAUGAUGACAAUGAGGAUGAUGACGAUGAGGAUGAUGACAAUCCGGAUGAAGAGGACAACUGUUAUCAGAGAAGGAGUUACUACCCUUCUGGAACACGCGCCAAUGAAAACCGAGACGAAUCGGAAGAGAUAUUUACAAAAACAACAAGGAAACGUGUAAAGGGAAACUUAAAAGAUACAAUCACACAGCCAAGCGACACUGAUAGCGACGAAGAAGGAAUGUGCUUGAGACCAUCCGCUAAAAAAUCUCAAGGGCAACAGAAUUACCGAAAUCGUAGAAGGUCAAGGGUCCCACAGGGAAGGAAGUCAUCUGGAGAGACAGGGAGUGACUUUGACGAGACAAGCGAGUCAUCCAAUUUGAUAGACAACCUUUUCGAAGACAUCGACAAAAGAAUCAAGAAGCAACCACUUCGCUCCCUUCUUCCUCACACAAAGGGCGAUAAUAAAUCUUCUAAAAAGGAGGAAUCCUCAUGUGACAGAUUAGGAAUCGCUACUUCCAUAUUAAAGUUUUUCACACCACUUUUGGGAAUGCUUCUAUACGGGAAAGUAGUAAUGGCCGUAGGUUCCCCGAUGGAUUUCCAGUUCUUUCUCGUUUCGUCCACUGUCUUAAUCAUCUACCUUGGACGUAAGUUACACAGAAUUAAGAAGUCCAUUAAAAACAAAUAUAGAAAUGAAGAUAGAAACAGAAAAAGAGGACACGCCAGGAGGCCACUCCAAAAUGGUGCCGAAGGGAGGCGAUCCAUAAUAAGGGAUGGUGUCCUUGUGAUGCAAACUCGGCAGAAUGAUGGUAUACCUAGGAUGAGACCAAUACAAGGCAGACAAGGGUAUUGA